UAUCCAAUUAUCGUUUGGUGGUUGUCAUCGAAAACAAUAAAUUUUACAAGAAAUACAAAAUGAUUAUUUUAAAAGAAUCUUGGGAGAUAAGCAUUGUGUGAGAAUGAGAUAUCAGAACAAGAAGAGUCGUUUAUCAUAUUUGUUGAGUUAUGACAUUGUGGACAAAUUGAAUAAAUACGCAUUUUGAGUGUCUGAAAGUAGAGAGUGUGAAUGGGUUUUUGACCUUUCACCUCAAUUUACCAUUCAAAAGACCAAUCAUUGAUAAUUCGGCUGAGUAUAAAAUUGUGUUGACGGGAAUAAUAGAUUUGAUUUUUUACAAUGAAAAAUGGCUCUCAAGGGUGUGAAAGUGCUUGAAUUGGCUGGUUUAGCACCGGCUCCCUUCUGUGGCAUGAUCUUAUCGGAUUUUGGAGCAACGGUAACACGAAUUGAUAAGAUACCACAAAAUAAUUUGGACGUAUUGAAGGAUGGAAAAAGAAAUAUUGCUUUGAAUUUGAAGCAUGAGGAAGGACGGAAUGUUGUCAGGGAUUUAUGCAAAAGAUCAGAUGUUUUGAUUGAACCGUAUAGACCGGGUAUUAUGGAGAAGUUGGGAUUGGGUCCAGAUGUUUUAAUGAAGGAUAAUCCAAGAUUGGUGUAUGCACGACUUACGGGAUUUGGGCAGAAUGGUCCACUGGCACAACGAGCAGGACAUGAUAUUAAUUAUCUAGCUAUCUCGGGAAUAUUGUCAUUUCUGGGGCGAAAAGAUGAAAAACCUACUGCUCCUGUUAAUCUUUUGGCUGAUUUUGCUGGAGGGGGCCUAUUGUGUGCCUUUGGAAUCUUGGCAGCUCUUCUAGCACGUCAGAAUACUGGUCGAGGUCAAGUUGUGGAUGCAGCAAUGGUGGAAGGUGCAGCUUAUGUCGGAAGUUUUCUCACCAGAUCCCAAAGUUUGCCAAUUUGGGGUAGAGAUCGUGGUGAGAAUAUGCUUGAUACAGGAUCCUUCUUCUAUGAUACGUAUGAGACAAAAGAUGGAAAAUUUAUGUCUGUAGGAUGCUUGGAACCCCAAUUUUUCGAUACAAUGAUCCAGACACUGGGUCUUGAAGGGCAAUUGACUCAGUUCGAUGACAAUGCAAAAGGCAAAAAAAUUCUCGAAGAGACUUUCCGGCAGAAAACACAGUCAGAAUGGAGUGAAAUAUUUGAGAAGACUGACUCUUGCGUUUUCCCAGUUUUACAUUGGACAGAAGCCUCUGCACAUUCACACAAUAAAUUCCGAGAGGUUUUUGUUAAUGUCAAAGAUGUUAUACCCAAUCCAUCACCUAAACUUUCAGACACACCAGCUUCAUGCAGUGUACUAAAAAGGACAAAGGAUGAAUGGGAAAAUAUUCAAGAAAUUCUCGGUGAAAUUAACUACGAUCCUCAAAAGAUUAGGAAAUUAAUAGAGAAUGGUGUUCUUUUAACAUCUCAAAAAGGAAAAUUAUAAUUGGUGAAUGGUAAAUAUUUCUAACAUGAUUUUUUUUUUGUAAUCUGUGGUGGACAAUGCUGAUUUUUACAACAAUAAAAUCUUUAUUAAAAAUUGAGAAAA